AUGUUUCCCGGCCUCAACAAGCCUCGCUCGCUGACCGCGUUUGGUUGGGUGUGUCGCUGUAAUUUUUUGAAAACACAAAUAUUCAUCAUGAGCGGACAACAAUACUACCCGUACAAGUGCACUCCUACGGUGUACCCGGCGGAGCCAUUCGACCCCGCUGCGGACGCGGAGACCCUCCGCAAGGCGAUGAAGGGCUUCGGCACAGACGAGAAGGCAAUCAUCGACGUCCUGUGCCGGCGGGGAAUCGUCCAGAGGCUCGAAAUCGCGGAAACCUUCAAGACCAACUACGGAAAGGACCUCAUCAGCGAGCUUAAGAGCGAGCUUAGCGGGAACCUGGAAAACGUCAUCGUAGCUCUGAUGACCCCGCUGCCCCACUACUACGCCAAGGAGCUCCAUGACGCAGUGGCUGGAAUGGGCACCGACGAGGAGGCCAUCAUAGAGAUCCUCUGCACGCUCUCCAACUACGGAAUCCGUACCAUUUCUGCGUUCUACGAACAAUUGUACGGCAAGAGCCUGGAGUCUGACCUGAAGGGCGACACGUCGGGCCACUUCAAGCGGCUGUGCGUGUCCCUGUGCAUGGCCAACCGCGACGAGAACCAGGGCGUGGACGAGGCGGCUGCCAAGGCGGACGCCGAGGCGCUCGCCAACGCCGGCGAGGGCCAGUGGGGCACCGACGAGUCAGUCUUCAACUCCAUCCUCAUCACGCGCUCCUACCAGCAGCUGAGACAGCUCUUCGCCGAGUACGAGGCAUUGACCGGUAAAGACAUCGAGGAGACAAUCAAGAAAGAGUUCUCCGGAAGCAUCGAGAAGGGCAUGUUAGCUAUUGUAAAAUGCGUCAAGAGCAAGGUUGGCUUCUUCGCCGAGCGCCUAUACUACUCAAUGAAGGGACUCGGAACGAAUGACAAGACUUUGAUCAGAAUCAUCGUGAGCCGUUCCGAGAUCGAUCUUGGCGACAUCAAGCAGGCGUUCCUCGAGAAAUAUGGAAAGACCUUGGAUAGCUGGAUUGCCGAUGAUACGAAAGGGGACUACAAACGCGUGUUACUCACUAUCGUUUCC